AUGGUCUACUGCGGUAAACCGUCCAAGAGCUGUCGUCAAUGUAGAAACAGAAACAUCAAGUGCGACAAAAAACACCCCUCCUGCGGCCAAUGUCUCCGCGCAACCCUCACCUGCCCCGGCUACCCGGACCUCAACAACCUCCUCAUCCGCAACCAAACCUCCAUCACCAUCCACCGCGUCUUCGCCCAGCAAACCGCACACAUUCAACUCCCCACCGCGGUGCCCAACAUCUCCGUGCUCGACCGCGCGAAAUGUCUCUUUGUUUCCACGCACGUGUUCGGGUCCCAUCCUUCCUUUUACUAUAUGAAGGAAUUCUUCCCGCCGCGCGAGAGCGAUGAUUUUCUGAUCAAGACCGUGCAGGCGGUUUGUCUGGCGUAUCUGGCGAAUGAGACGGGGAGGGGGGACGUUAUGUGUCGGGCGCGGGUGCGGUAUAGUGAGGGCUUGGUGGCGAUGGGGAGGGCGCUGGGGAGGAGGGGGCAGGCGGGGAGGAGGGAGGUGAUUGCUACGGUGCUGUUGAUGGAUUGUUUUGAGAGGUUGAGUCAGCUGGAGGGGGACGGAGAUUCCAGGCAUCUGGAUGGGGCGGUUGCGUUGUGUAAGGUGCGCGGGAAGGCGCAGUUCGAGGAUCCGGUUUCCGUGGCGUUGUUUCAUCAUUUGUCGUGCAAUGUAUUGGCCUCGUGUCUGAGCAGGGGGACGGAGAUUCUGGGAGAGUAUAUGCAGCUCCGUGCUGAGGUUGCGGGGGUUAUGCUUCCUACUGAUUCGAAGUGGAGAGCGGAGAAUUUGAUUCUUGAUUUUAUGGCGCUGAGGAUGAGGUUACGAUCGAGUGAUGAGGAGGGAGAUGAAUUGUGGGAAGGGCUGAAGAAGGAGUAUAGGGAGUUGUGUAAGGUGUUUUCGAGGGUUAGGGAUGAUGAGGUGAUGGUUAGUCCGGCGCAGAAGCGGAAUAUUUUGUGUUCAUUGAGGGAGAUGAUGGAUGGGCUUUUCGGGGAGUGUGAUGAACUCAUGAAGAGAAGAGAAAUGGCAGGUGAUUUGAGAGGGUCAGAAAAUGGAGAAGGCUUGCUGGUGUUGUGA